CACACAGGAUGCAAAUAUAUACUUGCGAAUAAUUUUGGAUUUCAAGAAUCAUAGUUAAUAAUUAGAAAUAUCAAUUGCGGACUAUAUAACCUUCCUCAUCAAGUUGCCAAGGCAGCUUUCUAGUUUUCUUUUCAUAUAUCUGACACGAAGAGCUCUUUGAUUUACCACCUGCACUCUUAGGCAUUCUCGUAAUAUAACCCAAAAUCAAACCUUUUCUCUUAAAGGUAACAUUAUGUUCCGUACCAAAAAUUGCACUCCUUUUAUUUUAAUGGAAUAAGCCCUGUACUUAUUCCAUAAGUUUGAUUAGGUUUUUUCUUUGGCAUUUUAAGCGAAUUUGAUUUGAAGUUAUUAUUUUAGAAAUUAUUAAUUAAUUAAUUAUUUUACUAGGCUGAAUCACACUCUUAUUCAAGAGCAAUCUGAAUCGAAAAAGUAACGUUUUGGACUGAAUUAGCCCAAAAGGUCAAAAGAAGCCAAAUUGAACUUAUUCAAUAAAUUUAGGGACCAAAUUGAAUCUUAUUCCUAUUUUAACAGUUAUGACUUCAGCAGCGGUACAGAACGCAAGCAUUCAGAGAGAGGGAGAAAGAGAAUAGAUGAUGAUGGGAACGCUGGUGCCGGAGACGGCGGUGUCAGGGGCGGCAGUAGCGGCGGGGCAGCAGAAGAUGUCGCCGUCAUUCGCGAACAUUUUCAGAAUAGCGGCUGUGGCGGACCGAUUGGCCACGCACCUCCGACCUGGCAGCUCUGGCAAUUCUAAUACUGAGUUUUUCAAUCUCUGCCUCUCUCUUGCUAGAGGUAUUGAUUAUGCAGUUGCAAACAAUGAGGUUCCUCCCAAAAUUCAAGACUUACCAUCACUAUUGAAACAGGUGUGCCAACGUAAACAUGAUCUCUUUUUACAAGCGGCUAUCAUGGUUCUUAUGAUUUCUGUCAAGAAUGCUUGUAAGAUCGGAUGGUUUUCACCUAAGGAUUCUCAAGAACUUUUAACUCUUGCUAAUGAGAUCGGAAACACCUUUUGCAGUCCAGGAGAUUUUAGUACCACGACAUGUGAUUCUCUUUCUGUUAUCUCAACAGUUUUUUCCAGAUUUUAUCCGCUGAUGAAAAUGGGGAAUAUACUUGCUUCUCUUGAAGUUAAGCCUGGAUAUGGAGCGUAUGUAAUCGAUUUUCACAUUUCAAAGAAUACAAUGCAUUCUCCACAGGACAAAAUACGAUUGUUUGUGGCACAGAGAGAUAAUCUGGAGACAUCUUCAUGUAUUAUAAGUCCACAGCAAGUGAACUUUCUGUUAAAUGGGAAAGGAGUUGAGAGGAGAACUAAUGUUUCAAUGGACCCAGGACCACAGGUACCAACAAAUGUGACAGGCAUCCUUAAAUAUGGGACAAAUCUUCUUCAAGCUGUUGGUCAGUUUAAUGGUCAUUAUAUCAUAGCUGUUGCUUUUAUGAGUAUGACACCAUUAUCUGGCACUCCUGCGCUAUUAGAUUAUGUUGAUUCCAGUGUUGCUGCAGCAGAUCCAGACUCUGACAUAAUUGAGGGUCCAUCACGAGUAUCACUCAAUUGCCCCAUCAGCUACAGACGUAUCCAUAUUCCUGUCAAAGGAUAUUUAUGCAAGCAUCUUCAGUGUUUUGAUUUUAGCAACUUUGUCAAUAUAAAUUCAAGGAGGCCGUCUUGGCGCUGCCCACAUUGUAAUCAGCAUGUCUGCUACACCAAUAUUCGUAUUGACCAAAACAUGGUCAAGGUUCUGAAAGAAGUGGGGGACAAUGUUGCUGAUGUGAUCAUCUCAGCUGAUGGGUCAUGGAAGGCUGUCUUGGAAACUGAUGAGAAUACAGAUCAUACACAAAAAGAGGUUGUUGAUUGCCAAAAGGACAUUCCUGAAGUGCAAGAACCUGCAAGUGUUGUGGAUCUUACGGAGGAUGAUGAUAGAAUGGAUGUUGCUAGUACAAGUCACAUUGAAGACAGGAAACCUUCCCAGGCUACUCUUCAAAGUCGACCUGUUACUGCUAAUUUAACCACGCCAUCACAAUUGAAUAUUGCAAAUGCAGUUGACCAGAAUGUUGUUAGUCAAGCAGAGGAUAGCUUUUGGUCCGAUAUCUACUAUAAUCUUGUGUCUGGAACCUCCAGUACUGCAUCAGCACUACAAUUGGUUAAUGGAAUGCUUGGGUCCAUUCCUGCAAAUUCUUUGACAUCUCCUGUGAUUACUGAUGCCGUUUCUCCUGCACUUAACCAUGAUGUUGGGGGCAGUUACAAUCUCCCAUCUUCAAUUCCAAGUCAGUUUUCUGCUUCUGACAAUAGGCAGUUACAACAGAUACAACUUAUGAAUGCAGCUGCAAAUGCAGCUGUGAAUGUUGAGUACGGGAGGCUGAGACAGAUACCCAGACAUAUAAGCAGGACUCCUGUUGCAGUUCAGGCCCUCCCAGCUUCACCACAAACACCGGUUCAACAACAAAGAUCAAGAGCUAAUAUGAAUACUGCUAUUCCCAGUGGGCCGUCACUUGCUUCUCAGGCUGCCCUGCCGAUGACACCUACGGGCACUGGUAUCAACGUAGCUUCCAAUCAUGCGAACAGGCAUCAGCAUUUUUCAAGAUCCUAUAUUAAUCCUCAUCAAGGUUCAUCCUCAUUGCAGCAUCCCUCAUCAGCACAGAACCGGAACCAUCUAGAUCUGCCUUUUAGUUCAGGACAACCAAUCCAGCUUGCUGCUAGCUCUGCAACUUCAAAUAAUUUCCCAGGUGCUCCCAGUGCAUCUUCUGGGCUUCGGAUUGAGUCUCAGAAUUUACAUCAGCACCUAGCGGUUCGGUUGCCUCAAUCCAGAAGUCAUUCUCCAAGUAUAGGCAGAUCAUCUUCAGCUCUCCCCCUCCCACGGAGUCAAACCCAGCAAGGGGUUGGUAGCACACCGGGUGCUCCAAAUGGUCAAUAUCCAAGGUUUACAGCUGCUACUCAGCGACAAGUCCAGAUGACUAGACAGCCACCAUCAGUACCAGUUCAAAUUCCAACAUCCAGAGGGACCUCAUACUUGAAUACUGAUGCAACUAGGACAUCAGCAAUAGUGCAGAGAGGAAAUGUUGGAGAACUGCAAGUAAACUCUGGAACUGCCGCUGUUGUAGAGAAGUCAUCAGAGCACAACUGGCAGCCUACAGGACGAAUGCGCGGAAGCCUGUCUAGUCAGGCUGUUUCUGCAUAUAAAGAUUUAAUAAUUCAGCCUACACAACCAACUCAAACUCCACAACCAUCAUCCAGUUCAAACCCAUCACCUCCCAAUGUUCCACCACAACUGGAGGCUUUCCUUUCCAACAGCAGGAAUUUCUAUACCCCUCGGAAACAAAAUAGUGCAAUGUCUCAAUCUGCCAGUAUUGAUGGGAGCUCUGAUACUCUGCCGUGAUUGUUAUAUAUUAGUCUUUAGAUUACUGAAGAUACUGAUAGAGGUUGCCUGGGAUGUCUGUAAAUAUAUCGGGGAUGGCAUAUGGUCGAUUUUGUAAAGUUAUAACAUAGGUUUAAGAUCAGCUUUGGUUCAUACCAUAUUUUAACUUCAGUGAAUUUGCGCUAAUUGACUGAUAGGGUAACAUAAUGUGAAUUCUCGUUUCAAGGU